AUGCCACGUAAAUUUGAAAUCAAAGUCCCUGCUUCAUCAGCCAACAUUGGCCCAGGUUAUGAUGUUAUGGGUGUUUCAUUGUCAUUGUACUUAAAAUUAAAUGUCGACAUUGAUAGUGCCUAUGCUCACCCAAACGAUACCAAUGAUACUGAUGCCGUGGAAAGAGCCAAGGCUAUCAAUGCUGACCCAAACAAUUGUAGAUUAGAAUAUACUCCAAGUAGUGAAGGUUAUGGCCAAGUCCCUUUAUCUACUGACUCUAAUUUGAUUACAAGAACUGCCCUAUAUGUCCUACGUUGUCAUAAUAUCCGUACUUUCCCAAUUGGUACCUUGAUUACCAUUGAUAACCCAAUCCCAUUAGGUCGUGGUUUAGGUUCUUCAGGGGCUGCUGUAGUUGCCGGUGUUAUGUUGGGUAAUGAAUUGGGUAACUUGAACCUUUCUAAGCAAAGAAUGCUAGAUUUCUGUUUGAUGAUCGAACGUCAUCCAGACAAUAUCACUGCUGCCAUGAUAGGUGGUUUCUGUGGUUCUUUCUUAAGAGACUUAACUCCACAAGAAUUAGAAAGAAGAGAAAUCCCAUUGGCUGAAGUCUUACCAGAACCUUCUGGUGGCGAAAACACUGGUGUGAACCCACCUCUGCCACCUACUGAUAUUGGUAGACAUGUAAAAUAUAACUGGAACCCAAAGAUCAAAUGUAUCUCCAUCAUUCCAAACUUCGAAUUGUCUACUGCUGACUCAAGAUCAGUCUUACCAAAGGCUUAUACCACUGGUGACUUGGUCUUCAACUUACAAAGAUUGGCUGUCUUAACAAGUGCUAUUGGUUUGGACCCACCAAAUCCAGAUUUGAUUUACCCAGCUAUGCAAGAUAGAGUCCAUCAACCAUACAGAAGAACUCUUGUACCUGGUUUAACCGACAUCCUAACCAGUGUUACCCCAAAGACCAACCCAGGUCUAUUAGGUAUUUGCUUAUCAGGUGCUGGCCCAACUAUCUUAGCUUUAGCUACUGAUAAUUUCGAAGAUAUUGCAAAUGAGUUAAUUGCCGUCUUCAAGAAACAUAACAUCAGUUGUUCCUGGAAAUUGUUAUCCCCAGCUUACGAUGGUGCCACUGUAGAAAACAUUGCUUAA